UAAAUUAAACAAAGCCAAAAACCCAGAGCAAACAGCAAACCCAAAAACCUGAUAAAGAGCGAAGGAAAAGAAAAAUGGCGACACCUUCUUCAAAGAGAUGGCUUCCUCUUGAAGCAAACCCUGAAGUUAUGAACCAGUUUAUUUGGGGACUUGGUGUUUCCCCGGAUGAGGCAGAGUGCUUUGAUGUUUAUGGACUUGAUGAAGAUCUCUUGGCAAUGGUUCCACAACCUGUACUCGCGGUGUUGUUCCUCUACCCCAUUACGAAAAAGAGUGAGGAAGAGAGAAUUCAACAAGAUAGUACGACAAAGGAAUCUAGUGGUGGACCUUACUUUAUGAAGCAAACUGUAGGAAAUGCCUGUGGAACUGUUGGACUUCUUCAUGCUGUCGGCAAUGUAACUUCUGAGAUAAAACUUGUUGAGGGGUCUUACCUGGACAAAUUCUUCAAGGCGACUGCAAAUAUGGACGCGUCACAGCGUGCAACAUUCCUUGAAAAUGAUAGAGAAAUGGAAGACGCACAUUCAGUUGCAGCAACUGCUGGUGAAACUGAGGCAUCAGAUGAUGUUGACACACAUUUUAUCUGCUUUACAUGUGCAGAUGGACAACUGUAUGAGCUCGAUGGAAGGAGGGCUGGGCCUAUUUCACAUGGCGCAUCUUCGAGUAACACCAUAUUACAGGAUGCUGCUAAAGUAAUUCAAAAGUUUAUCCAGAAAAACCCUGAUUCAAUCAACUUCAAUGUUAUUGCUAUUUCGAAGAAAACUGGAGCAUAGAGAUGUUUCAAAGAGUAUGUGUUGGUAGGAACAGCAGCAACUUUUACUUGCAUAUGGUUAUGAACCCUGAGCUUCUAUUACUAUAUCUAUAUGAAUGCGGUAGUUUGCAUUUUCCAUUGAUAUGUUCCUCUUUCCAUUCUUAAUAAAGCAAUCAUGCCGUGAUUACUAGCAAUCUAAAAUGUUGUGCUAUGUUUUUUUAUUUAUUUUUUAAUUCUUGUUUUAUCUA